ACCUAUAUUAAAUUUGCUAUUUAGAUAACAAUAUUUUUACUUUAGCCUCCAGGUUCUAAGUAUGUUUGCUGACCUGUCUUACGACAAAAUAAAAUAUUUGUAGAUUUUUAUUAAAGGAGCAAUUUUAUUAUUAUUCUAAAUUUGUAGUCUGAUUAUUAAUUGUACGGUUUAUUGAUUCGAUUGUUGCACUUUAAUCAAGCACCUAUUUGUUAACUGAAUCUUUAUCAUAAUGGCUGUAUCGGCGGCUGCAGCGUUACUCGAUGAACUUAUGGGACGAAAUCGAAACGAUGGUCCAAAUGCUCAAAAGAAACCAGUUCAUUGGGAAGAUCCAGAAUUUUGUAAAUAUUUUAUGGUUAAAUUCUGUCCUCAUGAUUUGUUUGUCAAUACCCGUGCUGAUCUUGGAGCUUGUCCAAAAGUUCAUUGCGAAGAAGCUAAAACACAAUACAAUGAAGCUAGUAUUCGUUCAAAAAUGCAAUAUGAAGAUGAGUUUGUUGCAUUUGCUACUAGUUUAUUAAAUGAUGUUGAACGUCGCAUCGAAAAAGGCAAACAAAGGUUGGAGCUUAUGAAUAAAACUGAAACGCCGGUGUCUCAUUCAAAUAGUCAAAGUCAGAAAAACCAAGAGCAAAUAAAACUAUUAUCAGAAAAAAUUAAUGGGUUAGUACAAGAGGCUGAACAAAUGGGUACUCGUGGUCAUGUCGAAGAAGCCCAAGGACUUAUGAAACUUUGUGAUCAGUUAAAAGAAGAACGUGAUACUUUAAGGAAACAAAACGAAAGCAUUCAUUGGUCUCAAACUUAUGAAUUAGCUGCAGCUCAAGAAAAACAAAUGGAAGUAUGUGAAGUUUGUGGAGCUUUUUUGAUUGUUGGUGAUGCUCAAUCACGAAUUGAUGAUCAUUUAAUGGGCAAGCAACAUAUGGGUUAUGCUCGUUUGAAAAAUGCAGUAAAUGAAAUCCAAGAACAAAGAAAAAAAUAUGUUGAAGAAAGAGAAAAACAACGAGAAGAAGAAAGAAAGAAGCGCAUGGAACGUACUAGGAGUAAUUCUAAAGAUAUAGAUAGACAUAGUCGCGAUGCUGAUCGAGAUAAGAGAUCUAAAAGCUCUAGAGACCGGUCACAUCAUAGAACUGAUAGAAAAUCUGAUCGUCAUGAAAGAGAAAGACGAAGAAGUAGAAGUCGAGGUCAUCGUAUCACUAGUAGUCAUAGUAGUCAUAGACACAGAGGAUAUAAUGGUAAUAGUCGUAGAGAUCAUCACUAAAAUGAUAUUCAUGGCAACAUAACAUUACAUUUAUUACUUCAG